UUCUCAGUCGUCGACUCAUCAAUGAGCUCGCAUUUCCGUGCGAGUCAAUUGGGAGUAACGUCGCUCGACUCAAACUCGAAACUCGAAGAUCGAAAGUUGCAAUCUUCUUCGAGAUCGGRAGAGCCACUUCCUAUCACWGCAAUCUUCAGUGUCAUGACAUGCCAUUGACGGCCGUUCUGAUACGUUCUCUGGUCGCAGUCGUACCAACAAGAACUAUCUACAGUACCCAGAAGAUUAAACGUUCUCUAUCACUCUUAGCCAUGGAGAACUCAUCAUCUUCUGUGUUGGUUUUAUUCGGAAAAACAUCUGUGGAGAACGAACUCUCUCAGUCUAUGAGGAACAGUAAGAAUUUGAAUCUCCCAGACGGCAGUGAAGUUUCAAUUCUUCUAAGUUCGGAAAUGGAGAAACCCUCUGAUGAAGAGUCUUUUAGAGCAGAAUCAUACAUGAWUUCCCUUUCAACUGCUCAGUUCGGAAGAUUUCUCAUUUGGUCUCCUCGAUUGGCUUCGACCCACGAUGUCGUUUCUCACAAUUUCAGCGAGCUUCCUAUUGGUACCGCUUGUGUUGCUGAU